AUGUGGCCAUCAUAUCCGGGGUGGCCUCAGUGGCCACAGACAAUGCCGAGCACGGCUGAAGAAACCAAUCAUUGGGCGCAACUUGCUCGUCAGUGGGCAGCUGCCAACACGGUUCAGCAACAACUACCACCACCUCCACCACCCCCGCCGCCGCCGCCGCCGCCUCCACCGCCUCCUCCAAGACCUAUUGAGGCUGAGACGCGAUCUGCAAUUGUUAUCGAGGAUCAAGAUGAUAGAAUUCUGGUGCCUCUACCUCCUUUUAAAGUCAACCACGACACGGACGAUCGUGUUCUUCCCCCUUCACAAGACUUCUCACAUGAUUCAGAUUAUCGUCAGAUGCAGCAUGGGGACUACUCUGGUUCUUCUAACCAGUGGCAGGAAGGUCCUCAGGAUUACUAUCCGCCUAGUGAAAAGGGCCAUGUGAACCCACUUUUGGAUCAGCCGAUCGUCCGGGAAUAUCAUCAUACGCACUACAGCCAGCCACCUCGUGGUGAUUUUACGCGACCGCCUCCACCCAUACCUAGUCAGCAACAGGGGUGCCCUCCGCCUCCUUCUCUCUAUGAUGGUAACAGGCCAUACCCCGCUGAAGCAGUUCCAGAGCAGGAUUGGAGUUAUGUACACCGAACACCAGCGCCGAUGUCGAACCCCAUGGUAGAUGAUUUCUCCAUGCCUCCACCGGCUCUCUUUCCUAUUGGCCAGCCGCCGCGUCCCCACUUCGUACGGCAUCCCCCACCUCUGCGACAGCAUUUCCCCCACUCCAUCCCUGAGCACGUGAUGCCGGCUUUUCGCGAGGCAGUUACAAGCGCGGGGGCGUGGCCACCAAAAGAGACGGGUGAAGCUCGUCGUCGCACACUGCCCGCCUGGCUGCGUGACGAGUUGGAACGUUUAGAAAAACAGAAGCGCAAACAACAGGAGAAGCUGGAAGCCAUUGAUGUCUCCAAAGAUCGAGAAUGUGGGGGCAGUUUAAGCAGUGGACACGAUAUCAAACGUGAUGCUGAUGGCGCAGUGGUGAUGGAAGAAGAGGAAAUGGAGGGCGAUGAAGACGAAGAAAGUAGGGGAGAAGAAAGAGGCGAUUCUAACGACGAAGAAGAGGAGGAGGAGGAGGAGGAGGAUAAUUUAGGUAACGUUAGCGCCCAGGGCGCCAACUCUCCUCACGGCGGUUCACCGCGAACAAAGGCUUCGAACUCUGGAUUUGUGGGUGCAGAGCGUGGGCUCGAAUCCCCUCACGUCACCGAGGUGGAAUACGUGGCUAUCUGCGAGCGGCUACCUGAAAACCUUCUCAUAUCUGAGCUGAAUCGUUGCAUCACUCGAGUUCUGACGGACGUCCUUCUGGAUGUCACAACUAAAUUCGUCCUCGACGUGGCCGAAGAGACUUGCCAAGAGGUGCAUAUUGCAUCUAAGCAAACGAUCUUUGAUCCAGCAAAUGGCUCAGAGAGGGAGUAUGAUAAUAAUUCUGACUCAAAUGACAGCGAUAAUCCUGAACAACUUGGUGCGGGUGUGUUGGGCCUCUCCGCUUAUAUCAGUGAUAGUGAUUCAGACAAAGUUGAGUUUGAACCACCUUUGGAGCCUGAAGCAGUAGUUGAAUCCCUUCCAAAAUUGGAUUCCGGUGAAAAUGAUCAGAAGACUGAAAAUUCAAGCGUCAUCAUAUCGUCCGUUGGGAUUGAAAAAGCGUUGAUUAUGCAUGGUAACAUCCUCCAAUCAAUUCUAGAGCAAAGUAAAGUGAUUCCAAAAACGAGAGAAGAGAGGAGGGAGAAGAAGAAAGAUACCGAAAAGCAGAAUGAGUCAGCAGAAGUGAAAGUCAAGAAAAAGAUAUCAAAGGAUGACAAGCAAGAGCAUCCUUCUUCCUCCUCUCCCCCUCUGCCUCAGAAUAGGAAAUGCACAAGUCGUAAUGUUGAACGCAAAAGUGAUAGGAAGAAAGCCGAAAAAGAGGCCAGCGAUGAGAGGUCAAGUCGUAGUCGUAACCACGAAAAACAUUGUGGGCGCUCUCGAAGUCGCAGGCGUUCGAGAAGUCGUCGGCGUUCACGCAGUCGAGAGACCAAACGCCGAAGGUAUUCACGGAGUCGUAGCGCCUCGAGGCGCAGACGUUCGCAUAGUCGUAGCCGCAGUCAAGUGCGAAGCAGACGCUCACGUACUCGCAGUCAUUCGCGUCGUAGGCAUCACCGAUCUCCUUCAUCGACGUCAACGUCAUCUUCCUCGUCAUCGUCAUCAUCUCGUCGCGGUAGCAGGAGACGACGUCGUUAA